UGCCACUUAUUCGAGACCGUGCCACGCACAUACGAUAGAGGUACUGGCCGACACACCGAACACCGUAUUGUUCUUCUUCUAGGAAAAAAAGAGAGAAAGUUAGAUGUACCCUUUCACAUCCACAUAAUUUCAUAGUAUCCUUCCAAUUUCGUUCAAACCCAGUCAGAGAUAGAGAAUGGGGAGAUAUGCGUUGCCAGACGGCUACUUAGGCAGUUGCAUUGAAUCCAUUGGAAGUAUAUGGUUCAUUAUCCUCGGAAAUGUGAUUGAAUGGUUCGAGUUGAGCUCGUUCGGGUUUCUCGCCCCACAAUUAGACGAGAAUCUCUUCCAUGGUAACAGUGCGGCGAUGUGGGCAGCCUUUGCGGUGUCGUUCAUCGCACGACCUUUGGGAGCCACGUGCUUCGGUUGGAUUAGUGAUAAGGUAGGUAGAAGACUCAGUGUUGUACUCUCAUUGGCUGGUCUAGUCGUGGGCACCGUGGGCCAGGGAAUGCUUCCCACGUACACGUGUUGUGGGGAUGGGGGAGGUCAUACUGGAGUGGUUCUACUGAUUAUACUCAGGAUUGUACUUGGGUUUUGUGUGGGUGGCGAAAUAGCUGGAGUAAGCGUAUACUUAGCAGAGUACAAGGACCAGUCGGUGUUGGGCACGAUGAGUGCCUCCAUCAGCGUAGGGGCCAGUCUAGGGUUUGCGUUAUCUACAGCCUUGAUUAGUGCGCUCUUACACACACUGACAGAGGAGGAGAUGAUGCUGUGGGGCUGGAGAAUACCCUUCCUCAUAACAAUCGUACCAGGAGCGAUCAGUUUAGUGCUCAGGUGGACACACAUUAAGGAAACUCAUGAGGUGCUGCGAGCGGGUUUUAUUUCAGGCCAUAACUCUGACGUGGAUUUAGAUGAAGAUGGGAGUCUGAAUGAUGAUCUGUCCCAUUGUUCUGGUGAUGGUAGCGCGGGCAGUGUUAACAGCGACGACAGACUAAUUGAACAAGAAAUGACAAAGAAAGAAGUGAAAAAGCUCAUGGGAUCAGAUGUAUUAGCAUCGCUACAGUAUCUUCCAGAGGACAUAGAGCGAGAUAGGAAGCACCGUAUCCACGAAGAUGACAGCCUGUAUGGUCAUCUUUUCCCGUUGUUUGCACUUCUGCGCCACUACCCUGUGCGGUUUAUGCUUGGCUUUUUCGGGGUGGCCGCUUGCGCGAUGGGGUGGUACAUCGGCAGUAUAUACGUAGUCUCCUACGUACAGAAGUUCCAGAAAGUGUCAAAUCAAGAUGCAAUGCUCAUGGGACUGAUCAAUAGUUCCAUGUCAGUGGUGUUCACACCUAUCGGCGGGUUCCUUGCAGAUGCCAUAGGGGUGGGCAAGACACACGUGCUGUCCACGCUACUUCUGUUCCUCAUUUGCAUCCCCUUCUGGGCCGUGCUGGUGCUGGUAGAAGACAACCGUACCGUAUACUUCAUAGCCUUCGCUGUCUACGGGGCCAUACAAGGGAUAUGUUGUGCAGUUCCCUUCCUGUACGUAGCAGAGCUGUUCCCCAAGUCUCUGCGUGCGUCUGGGUUCUUAUCCUAUAACCUGGGCAUUGCGAUCUUUGGGGGCCUGUCGCCACUCUUGUGCGAAGUACUGGCGCUUCGUAUCACAUACGGGCCCAUGGUAUACCAAGCCGGCAUUUCUCUGGUGGCGCUGGGCUUCGUAGGGGCUGCACACUACGCGCACGCAGCGGGUGCGUGGAAGCUGCCCAACAUACGAAUGAACCCCUUUUAACGUAGGCAUCAUAUUUAUUGUUUUAUUAAACUUACGAAAGUCUGACAGCCUGUACAUACCACGGCGCCACAUGAUCGUGGCUGUACCGAGCUUUUGAGAAGCUUCGAGAUGAGAGGAAUGUAGAUCGAAGAGUGGAAACCCCCUGUUCUAAUACGGCAAAACCCAAUGACGCUUAACAUGGCAAACCCCAGCUGAUCGAGAGCCACGCAUUGCAGCGAUGAAAAUAAGAUUCUAUGAAGAAAAGGAGCGUCGAUGGAGAUUUGCUGAAUGUACACUGUUCAGAUAGUGCUUAUGAAGCGGAGGGUUUGUUGCACCGUCUCCCAGUACACUAGCAGUACAAGGGCAACACUGUGAGCCAUGGCAUGCUUGAGGUAGGUAGAUUCGCACAGCUGUAGCACACCCAAGGGGACGGGAGUAUAUAACAGCCCUGAUAGUAUAGAGACCUUCACAGAGUAGGAUUAUACUAGGCUGUGAACUCGUAUGAUGUCGAACAAAUAUGGGCGAGAGCCACACCGGAUUUACCAAGAAGCGUUAUCUGGCGCAAAACUGAGCACUUAAGGUUAACCCUAAACUCUAAAACCCGUGGAAGGAUAUGGGCUCACGGGUAUGGGAUAGAACACUUUGAGUAUAUGUAUUACAGUACACACAUCCAACGCCAUCACACUACACGCCAAAUAAAGGAAUAACUGGCGAACGAUUAAAGGCACAACCGUUAUAGAA